GCAGCCGUAAUUCCUACGGAGUAUAAAAGUCCAACAAUCCCAAAUCGUUCCCUCUACGCCUCCGCACUACAAGUUGUCGGUAAAUCCACCAAAAUCAGAUCAAGGGUUUCAACAAAGACGGCGAUGGCGAGGAGAACGUGCGGAUGGUCUUCCCCGUCUCCUCCGAUUAAGCGGCGGCUCUAUUGCAGUUUCGAUUCCGGCGUGGGUGAGGACAAAGACGAAAUGAUCUCUGCUGAGAAGGAUGUCUGUUUUGAAGAUGAGGGAAACAUGGAGGAGGACGAGGAGGAGGACGUGGAAGGGGACGAGGACGAGGAGGAGGACGAGGAGAAGGAUCUCCGUCUUGCAAACAAAGGUAAGGAACCAAUCACCGUUGAAGAAGAGGGGAACAUGGGCGACGAGGACUGGGAAGACUGGACAAGACUUUUUCAGGUUGGGGAUGGAGAUGUAUGGGAGACCAAAUCCUUCUCCAAGUAUGGCAAACAGAAUUGGGCUUGUUUUUAUUACUAUUUCGAUGACGACUUUUACAGACUACCUAGAGAUUAUUUCAAGCCUGGGGAGGAUCCCCGUUCCCGAAGCAGAUCCUUUAUGCUAAAGAUGGGCCAUUCGUUGACGUAUGAACUACUCUCAAACGAUUUCUGGAAAGCUAGUUAUGGUGCCAAAAUAGCCAUUGUGUUUUUCAAUAAAGAAAACAAGAUGGGAAAAACUUUUAAGUUUGAAUCACUCUCCAAGCUAAGCGUCGGUGAAAGAAGUCACCAACCUUCGGGUACUAUAUACUUCAUUACAUUUGUGGCAACUGAGACUGAUUCCGGGUUGGAGAGAGAAUUCCAAGCUUCAUUUCUUCGGCUUGAUACAAACCGGAACAUUUGGUGUUUGAGGGCCUUGAGGGAAAAACCAUAUGUUUUUUGAGCUCUGUAAUAUCAAGCAUGAAAUGUGGAGCAUGGAGGUUCAAAACAACGCUGGCAUUUCGGUUAUAUGUUUUUUUGGGGGCUAAUGCAUGUAUUUUUGUCUCAACCUCAUAUCUGCAUUUUGUGCUUGGUAUCAUGAGUUGAAUGGAAGCUGAACAGGGCUCAUCUGCUUCAUUGCAAAGUACUCCGUAAUAUAUAUAAGUCUUGCUAGUGGAUGAUGGCAUGAAAACUCUGUUUCAAGUGUGAAAGGAAGGACACAAGAUUUUGCUACAAGUGUGGAAACUCUGCUUCAAGUGUGAAAGGAAGGAAACAAGAAUUUUUGCUGUUGACUUCUAAUUAUAGUGUCCAUCAAAGCUCUUUUUGUUGCAACAUCCUCUAUGAAACUUGUAGAGUCUGGCUGAUUUUUACUCCCUAUUUAUCUUUUGUGCUGAGUUUGGGGCCACUAGAAUUUGGCAAAUAGAAUUUCCAAGGGAUAUGCUAAUUCCCAAAAAUUACAUUUACGGCUAACUUAUACUCCGUAAAGCAUUACCUUAUUGAGGAAGCUAACAACUUUAGAAUUUCCAAGGGAUAUGCUAAUUCCCAAAAAUUACAUUUACGGCUAACUUAUAAAGCAUUACCUUAUUG